ACGACGAAACAACACAACUGUGCGAGCAUUUUAAUUUAAUUUAAAUACAGCAAUACAACAAUACAACAAUUUAACGACUAAAAAAUAAGUGCAAUUCAACGGAGUGGAAACGAGUUGAACGAAAAUGAGCGAGAAACAAUUUGCCCAAGAAUGCCUCAAUGCGCACAAUAAAUAUCGCGCCCUGCACCAAGCCCCACCGCUGACGCUGAGCCCCAAUCUGAAUGCCUUGGCCACCAACUGGGCUCAGCACUUGCUGGCCCUCAACCGCAUGGAGCAUCGCCAGAACAGCGGCUACGGCGAGAACAUAUACAUGGCCAUGGGUGGCAGGAUGUCUGCCGCCGAUGCUGUGGGUUCCUGGUACGAGGAGAUCAAUAAGUACAAUUGGAGCAGUCCCACCUUCUCGAUGUGCACGGGACACUUUACCCAAGUCGUGUGGAAGAACUCCACCGAGCUGGGCGUGGGAUUUGCCAAGAGGGGCAACGUCAUCUAUGUGGUGUGCAAUUACAAUCCCCCUGGAAACUACAACAACAUGUACCGGGAAAAUGUGCUGCCCAAAAUUCGCUAAAAGCCAAAGAAUAUGGAAGGCUGUCCAAAGAUAUAUAUAAAAGAUAUGAUAUAUACAUAUAUACCUCCUCGAAAAGGGUUGAUCAUUCCUCUAAAACAUUCCAUUGACACCAAAGCCAUCAUUACGGAAUUUAUAUAGUGAACAAAUAUACCAUAAAAUAUUACUGAAUUUAUAUAAAUAUCAAAUAUGCCAUAUAUACCUAUGUAAUAAGUAUUAAAUACCCAAAUAUACCAAAUAAUAAGUUUGUAAUACUUUUAA